GGGCAGCAGUAUAUACAGAGGGCUAGUUGCAAGAGCUUGAACUGUGAUAGACUAAUUGUGCUUUUCAGUGUCCUUUCCUGCUUUGCUGUCCCCUGUUGCUGGAUUCCUUCAGACAUGAAUGAUUCUAAAACUGGGAACAUGGAAACACAUUGUGAGACACUUCUAUUUUAGAUUGAAGUUGAUAUCCAUAUUGCCAGCAACAAGUAUCCAGUUGUGAAAGCUCUUGCUGGUGGGGGAAGGACUCCGCGAAAGGCACAGAAGAUCUCCACAGUAGCACAAUUUGCUAGGUCUGAGAAUCAUCCCCUUGUUUCUUAUUAUUGUCAUAGUUCUGAGAAAUCAAAUUCAUCAUAUCUGAAGACAUUACUUGAACCGCCAGGAAAGUGGAAAUAAGGACCUUGGCCAAUAUGACUGAAAUCACAACUGAAGGUUAUCCAGCAACCACCACCACACUUGACAACAAGAAUGGAACUCUCCCCAAACCCCUGACAAAGGUAUCAAAGAAAUCUGUCUCUGAUGAUCUUGCUACAACCUUCAGUUCUCCAGCAGCAUGGCUCCUAGUCGUGGCUUUGAUUGUAACCUGGUCAGCUGUGGCCAUUGUGAUGUUUGACUUGAUGGACUACAAGAGCUUUGUUGGAGGUUUUAAAGAAUUAAGUUCAGACCCUAAGAAAAUCAUAAAUGAAGCUGUGGAAGAUACUUCAGAUUGGAUCUAUGGUUUUAUAUCUGUGCUAAGUGAUAUAUUUACAACAACAGACUACCCUGAUGACGAAGUGGAUGAAGCUGAAAUUGAACCUCACUCGAAAAAGAAAGGAGUUCUUCAACCCCCAGCUAAACGAAAAGGUGAAGCCCAUCCACCAUCUAAAAGAAAAGCUACAACACUAGAAACUAAAAAGCAAAAACCUGAAAGGAAGAUAAAAGCAAAAGAAGAAACAAAACAAAAAUCUCCAUCAAAAGAUAGAAAAGUAAAAGUACACAAACGUGAGGAAAAAGUGAAGUUCAAAGCAAUUGCAUUGGAAGAAAGGGUGGAGAAAGUAAAGAAAGUGAGAAAAAAACCUAGUAAAGAGGAAGAAACAAAGCCUAAGCUCCAAGUGAAGAAGGAGAAGGCAACAAAACGUGAGAAACCUAAAGAUGAAACAGAUGAAAGAGUUAAACAGAGAGACAAGAAGGAGCCUGCGGAAUUGAAGAGUGAGAAAACAGACAAAAGGAAGGAACAAGUGAAAGAUACUAAACAAGGCAAGCCAAAACCAAAGAAUAAAGAUCAGUAUCAGUUCUGUCGCUAUGUGAUUGGCAUGUACACUCAUGGGGAUUUUUAUCCAGGACUUCCAGCAGAUUCUGCAGUCACUCCAGUUCCGGAACAAGGAAAAUCUCCAGAAAAGAAACCUCCAGCAAUGAAACCUGCAGCACUAGUUGUUCAGGAAAAGAAGGAUGCUGUCACUACUACCAAACCCAAAGUAUUAAAACAACCAGAUGUAACACCAAAGAAAAAAGAUGCUGCACCAGUAAAACCAGAGAGAAUGGAAACUCAAGCAGCAAAAUCAGCAGCAAAGCCAACUAAAGAGAAGACAGCUCCUACAUCAUCAAAGAAAGCAGAAAAGAAAUUGCCUCCUUCAACUGUCAAAGAAAUAAAAGUUAAAAAGGAACAUAUUGACAAGAUGACGAAAAAACCAGCAGAAGCUGCAACUACAAAACAAAAAACAGCCAAAGAUGCAUCAGUAAAACCUGCAGCAGCAGUGAAAUCAGAAAAGGGCAUUAAAGAAAAAGAAAAGAAGCAGAAGCCUGCUGAAAAAGAGAAAGAAAAGAAGGAAAAGCUGGCUGCAGCUGGAAAAGCUAAAGUUGCAAAGGAUAAAGCUCCUGAAAAAGCAAAGUCAAAGAAACCUACUAUUGCUGAAAAAGCUGGACCUGCAAAACAGAAAACACCAGCUGAACAGGAAAAACCUGAAAAAGCAGCAUCAAAGAAAGAGAAGUCAAAGCCUACUAAAGUGAAAGUUGGGGAAUCGGAAGAUAAAGAAAAAGAGCCUGAAAAAGAGAAACAGAGACAGACUCCAAUCAAGUCAAAACUGAAAGAGUCAAAAGUCGUACAUGAGAAAAAGACACAUAUUUCGUCAUCAGAGCCAGAAAAGCUGAAGAAAGCAAAAUCAAGCCCAGAAGCCACAACAAAAGAGAAAACAUCCAUGAAGCAACUAAAGCCAAAAGCUACAAAAGAAGAGGCCAAAGCUGUGAAGCAAGUGAAACGAAAACCUACAAAGGAAGCAAUACAACCCAAAGAAACAGAGGCCAAAGCUGUGAAGCAAGUGAAACGAAAACCUACAAAGGAAGCAGUACAGCCCAAAGCAACAGAGGCCAAAGCUGUGAAGCAAGUGAAACAAAAACCUACUAAGGAAGCUGAAAAGCUCAAAGUAACAAUUGAAAAGCCUAAAGUAACAAAGCCAGAAAGUAUGAAGCAAAUGAAAGAAAAAUCGACAGAGCAAGGAAAACCAAAAGUAACGAAAACAGAAACCAUGAAAGAAAAGGAACAAAAGCCUGCAAAAAAAGAGGCAGAAACUGUGAAGAAAAUGAAACCAAAAUCCACAGAGAAAGCAGUAAAGCCAAAGUUAAAAGAGACAGAGACCAAGAAGCAAGUGAAACCAAAAUCUACAAAGAAAGAGGCAGAUAUUGUGAAGCAAGUGAAACCUCAAGCUACAAAGAAAGAGGCAGCCAUCAAGAAGCAAGUAAACCCAAAGCCUACAGAGAAAGCAUUAAAGCCAAAUGUAACAGGAGCAGAUAUCGUGAAGCAAGUGAAAUCAAAAGCUGCCAAGAAAGAAGAAGAAACUGAGAAGCGGAUGAAACUGAAACCUACAGAGAAAGCAGAAACUAUGAAAGAAGUAAAAACAGAAUUUAAAGAGAAAGCUAAACCUCAACUCCCCAAACUAUCAGUCAGUUCAACAAAGAAAACAGCAGCACAGACACCUUCUUCAGUAAGCGUAGAACGUUCCAAACCUACUGUCAAAACAGAGACACCUACUGUCCUCAAAGCAGGACAAAGUUUGGCUGCAGGGGUGAAGUCUCCAGCAAAUCUACGGUUCUUCCAGUGUGUGUCCCUUGAUUCUCCCAAUGGAUAUGGGCCUAUGUCAAAUGCUUUCUCAUCUCUCCAAAGUCCUGCAAUAAGCAAACAAAGCCUCAAACAGAGUGGGGAUUCUGAAAAGAAGGUCAGAUCUCCUGGACAUUAGAUGAACAGAUAACAAACAUGGAAAAAUAUUCUGCACAUUUCAUACUGAAACUUUCAGUUCUGCUCUGCUCUGUUUGCAGAGCUGUAUUCACAGAGAUCACUGAGAAGAACAAAGUAAUUUACUGUUGACUACAGAUAUGUAAAUCAGGAAAGAUGAUCAGUUUGAAUGGACUGUAACACUACUUAGGGUUGGAAGACUUAAAUAUUUAACUCCCGUCAAUCUGUGGUGCUAUAGCAUUACAUUGCUCCUAACAGCAAUACGCAAUACUGACAAGUGCCUGCAUCUCUUACUCCUCUUCAUGGCUUUUUGCAAGCUCCAAGAUGUCAUAAAUUAUAGAAUACCUACGGUGCAGAAGAGGGCCAUUUCGUCCAUCAAGUCCACACCAACCAUCUGAGGAGUAUCCCACCCAGACCCACUCUCCUACCCUAUCCCAAUAACCCUGUGUUUCCCAUGGCUAAUCCACCCAGCCUGCACAUCCCAGGACACUAGGGGCAACUUAACAUGGCCAAUCCACCUAACCCGCACAUCUUUGGACUGAAAGUUUAAAAAUGCCUUUCAAGUGCUUGUAAAAUGCAAACACAUCUGUAAUUAUGAUUUUAGUCAGUUCAAGCCUACUUGCCUUUAAUGAUUUGUUAAUGGCCUAAUAUGCAGAAAACUAAUAUUUUGAUGGACUUUCUCCACCUUGUGUUCCCAAUUUAAGCAGGGAAAAGGUGAGCUCCAUUAGAAUUCUUGUUUAUCUGCGCCAAUUGUUCUUGUGCCAUUUCUCAAUGAGAUCUGAAUAAUGCUCCUUCAGCCAGUUCUUUCUGAAAACCAGGUACAAUAUUCAAUGCUAUGUUUGAACUUCGAGGGUUUCCAGCAAUUUCUAUGUAUUCUAAUGUAAUGUCAAUGGACAACAAAAAUGCCCAUGUAAAUUUUCAGUGUACUAUUCGUAUUGACAGUAUGCUCUGCAGCAUUAGGUCCAAAGUAAAAUUUUCAGGAAAGCAUUAAUUGCCCUUCAACACUCAAAAACACUGUUGUGAUUAACUACCAGAUGGAAACCUUCACACAGAACACUCAGUAUUUUAUUUACCCUAUCCAAAAACUUUGUAUUUAUUCUGACAGCACAUGGUUUUUCUGUAAAUGGCCUCACUUUCUGCCCCCUGCUUCAGUAACUAUUUUCAUAACAUGCCAUUAUUGCCUGAAAAAGAAAUUUCAGUUAUUAAUCAGCUAGCCUGUGACUUGAAUUAUUCUUUAAGCAUGUGAUUGUUUAAAACAAGGAGAAAUAUCACAGUUGGGUUUCGGCAACUGUUACAGAAGCGCACACAGCAAUUUUUUUAUGGAGCAUGGAAUGCCACAAUUCAGUGAUCUGUGUAUUCUUGGACACUGUUGAACCAACAAGAAUUGUAAAAGAGAUGAAAGCAUUGUAUUUAUUGCAGACAACUGCAUUUGACUUAAAUGUAGGGUGGUCAGAAUUUUACUUGAUUCUGAUUUAGCUCUCAUGCAGAUAAAUUCAUCAAGAUUCAAGAGGAAUGGUACCAUCAGAGCACAAACAGAUAUAUUUUUAUUUGGAACUAAAUAUUUUUAAUCCAUUUUCAAACAUUUUACAGUAGAAAUUUAUAGAUAUUGAUAUUGCUUGCACUCAAUGAUGCAACCUCUAAAGGCUUUGUUUUUUGCUUCAAUACUGUUUUUGUGUAGUUACAAGGCAGCAUGAAAAUAGUAACAAAACUAAAGCAUCUCAAUCCUUCCUGAAAUUAUGCUUGCAUUUCUUCAUUCUAACUGUGACCAUUGUCUAUCAAUGUACUUCCAAACAAAUUACCUUGUAAUGUUUUAUGAUAAAUUAUUUUGUGGCAUAUGCAUGUGUGAUUAUGGACAGGAACUUCAGUUUUGAGACCUAUGCCAAAGCACUUAGACUAUAUUGGCAUCUCUGUAUGAAGAUCCUUAUUCAUACAAAAGUGGAAGUACAGAAUUAAGAUGGAAAAUGCUGUUUAUAGUUCAUAUUAAAUUUGUAAAUCUGUAAUUAAAUAUGACAGUUGGACAGUAAUGACUUUUUACUAUCCGGUGUUAAAGUAGAGUUAACAACAUGACCUUAGCACAAUGGGUAGUGCAGAAUCAAUGGUAUACUAUUUGCAGUUGGAUAUGAUUGUUGUGUUAUUUAUAUGAUAAAUUUAAGUCAUAAGCGACACAGCUUUCCAAUUGCUGGAGUAUAAAUCUGAUGAAAUCCUGUCAAGCAGGUGGGUGCAGCUAUAUCUGCCCAUAAGGAAGUAAAGAAACCCAUGAGUUUGACAGAGAGGAAUGAUUAACAGGAUAAGAGAGACUGGAGAAAAUAUUUGAUAAAAGGGAAGUUGUAAAUGUUCAGAUUGGUGGUGUGAAAGCACCAUUUAUGAUCAAGAGAAGUUCCUUAACCUAUGAAUCUUUGAGGUUAUGUCGAUCAGUGUAAACAAUAAUGUCGAGAUAUGUGUUAAGGGCAAGAUGAGAGCAAGUUUAAAUUUUCAAGGAUGAUGAUCUAAGAAAUAAAGUGGAAAAGGGGCACUUUUAAAGUGUACUAACAGGUUCUGCUUUUGAAUCUGUUGCUGUGAAUUUGAACUUUCUAUAAUUGUUGCUGUUCAGUUGCCUGAAAGCCAAAAGUAUAUUGGUCUUUAAAAGGCAUUGAAUAGUUAAGUAACCAUAAAGUUCCUAACAAAGAAUAUAGUGACUGCAACUAUUGGUUUAUAUUCUGUAUGUAUAAGACCAAUAAUUCCAAGGAGGCUGCUCUGUUGAUGGAGGCAUGCCAGUGUAGAAUAAACGUCUGACUAUGGAGUUGGAUCGAAUGAUUGUGGAAUAGAGUUGAUUGCAUGGUCUGAGGACUUCCUAGGGUGUUUCAGCAACAUCCCUUCCCUCUAACUUUGCUACUGUCUGAAGUGACCACCUCCCCCUCGACUUCCAGGCUAAAGAUAAAACAUGAAGUACAGCAGUAUUUCAUGUGAAAAUGAGCAAUUCUUCUUCAAGGUACAAGAUUACUGACCCAUCAUAAUUAAUUAUCUCAGCCUAAAGAAGUUAUGGAAUCUUUGAAAGGCAUCAAAGGGACAGAACUCCAACUCUCAGACAUUAUUAUUCUGCUGAGAUCUUUCAAAGGAUUACAGGAUGGAAGUCCUAAGUUUGCAUGGAAUUCCACCUGUUCUGCCACUUGACUCGAGCUGUAGAACCUGUCAUGAUCUUUCUUGACAGAAUGUGCGUGCAGCAAAACAAUGGAUUUCCAUUAUGAAGUGAGUUUCAGCUAAACUCUGGCUGACCGCAUCAGCUCAGCACUUUACCUGGAUUGAAAUUUCAUAAUAUUUAAUUUAGACCAUGUAAUAUAUUGAUGAAUAGCUAUAUGAGUUUAAGAUGAACUGCAAAACAAUGUCACUUUUGUGGUCGUUGAUAUUUUCAGAUUACAUUUUUGAUUUGCUGUUAAAAGAAAACCUCAUGAUAAUAUUUAAUGCACUGAAGAGUUUAUGGGUUAGAUUUUAUUCACACAAAUGUUUAUUAGUAUAAAAUAUAAAAGGUGGAUCUUAAUUCAUGUAAAAUUGGGAGUUGACAGCAUGACAUGCAUCUCUCCUGACACAGACAUAAACUGAACUACCAGCUUACUAACUUUUACCCUGCAAAGUCAAGAUCUACCUUAAUGCACGCUAAGAAUCAAAAAUGAUUUUAUGUUUAGCAGGUGAGAACAGUAGCACCAAAUGAAUAUGAAUAGUUCAUUUUUCAUGUGCCAUUUUUUUAAGUUGUGUUUAAGCAUCACCACCUGUAAAUUCUGAGUGGAGAGUCAGAAAUAAUGAGAGGUGCCACUAUUGACCAAACAAAAUUAUAGCAUAUAUCUUGAAAUUAAUUUGCAAUUUGUCAUAAUCCAGUAAACUAACAAAACAAGUAUGUAAAUGAAUAAUUUAAAUGUUUGAAUAUCUACAGGUUCAUGUGCACUUUUUAAAACAAGACCAUUUGAAAUUAACAUUGUUUAUAUUAAUUUACAGAAAAUAAAAAUGUGUUACUUGUAAAAUCUCAGGAAAAAAAUAAUUGAAGGAAAGAAGCAUUGACAUGUUAGAAUAGGUUACACAUUGUUUAAAUAUAAAGUCAACAAAUUAAAAAUGGCUGCAUUUGUAUAGUGCCUUCCAUAACCAGUAGAUGACUCAAAGCAUUUUAUAGCCGAUUUGAAAGAAAAAAUUGUAAGUAGCAGAAGUAGCAACCAAUUUUAUGCACAGCAAACCCCACAGAGAGCAAUGUGAAAAUAGUUCUAAGAUGUUGAUUCUGGAAUAGGGGUCGACCAGGACACCAGGGUAAAUACCAUGCUCUUUUUUGAAAUAGUGCCAUGUGAAGUUUUGUAUUGAUCAGAAUUGGCAAAUGCAGAUAAAGCUUAGCACCUCAACUGAGAAAUGAAAACUCCAACAGUGCAAUAAUAGUGCACUGGAGUGUCAUUCUUGACUUUUGUGCAGAUGUAUAGCACAUCUAUCGUACAAAGAAACAAUAUAAACUAUGAUCAGGAUGUUUACCAUCAUCUACACGACAUUUGUCAUCUUAAUAUCAGUUUGACAUACAAACUUUUCUCCUCCUCCAAUUCCUGUGGACUACUACUCUCCUACUUUGGGGUUGGUUUAUAGUAUCAAGACUGUUGUGGUGUGUACAUGCAGUGACCUCUUUGUAUAAUUAGCCAAAGCCCAGAACAUUAAAAAAAUGCAUUGUCCUCGAGUAUUCCUGUAUUAUCUAAGUGUAUUCAUGGUGGAAAUUAAUCUGAAAGUGAUAUAAUUAGAGUUUGAGGUAUAAUAAAGUAUCUGGACUGAUUAUUCCAUUCCUUUCCAUAAAAACCCUUAAAGAGGUCAAUCCAUCAUUCAACCCCCAGGCUCUGGGAUGGCGCUGUGGUUAUCAGUUGCUGACAGUGCCAAGGACCCAGGUUCAAUUCCAGUCUUGGGUGACUGUCUGUGUGGUUUGCAUAUUCUCUCCAGAUCUGCAUGGGUUUCUCCCAGGUGCUCUGGUUUCCUGCCACAAAGAGCAGUGUAGGUUGGGAAGAUUAGCCAUGGUACAUUGUUCCCUACGGUCCAAGGAAGUGUGGGUUAGGCAGAUUAGCUAUGGUAAAUGUUGGGAUAGGAUCGGUUUUUGUGGGAUGCUGUUCUGAACAUUAGUCCAGAUUCAAUGGGCUGAAUGGCCUCUUUCUAUAUGCAAGGAUUCUAUAAUUAACUCCAUCAUUUUGCUAAACUGACUGUUAAUCUGAUAAUCUUGUAUGAUCAAUUCUAUGAUUUCACUCUUAACUGUACCAGUAUUGUGCUACUAUUCAUUCUUAUAUUUUUAAUUGUACUAGAAAAAUCUUCUCCAACAGUUCAGUUUAUCAAAUAAGUAAUUGAUCAAUGUGAGGUGAAAAGAUCAGAGGUUUUAAUUCUAGAUUGUUCUGAGUUGCCUAAUUUUAUUAGUGUUGCUUUAUUAGCUUUGGUAUCUGUAUAAUUAUAGAAUCCCUACAGUGAAGAAGGAGGCCAUUCAGCCCAUCAAGUCCACACUAACCCUCCAAAGAACAUCCUAUCCUACCCCAGAAACCCUGCAUUCCCCAUGGUUAACCCAACUAGCUUGCACAACUCUGGACUGGGGGAGGAAACCAGACCACCCAGAGGAACCCCAUACAGUCACAAGAGAAUGUGCAAACUCCACACAGACGGUCACCCAAGGGAGGAAUCAAACCUGGGUCCCUGGUGCUGUGAGGUGGAAGUGCUAACCACCGAGCCACCGUGCAACCCUCCCUUAUGGAAGGAAACAGUUGGCUAGGUUUGUGACUGUCAGGUUGAUCUAGCAGAAUGUUUCCUUACUUUCACCUCCAAGUCAGAAGAUUUGAUUUUCAAGUUCUGUGUCAGGGCUUGACUACAAAAUCCUGCCGAUAGUCCAGUGCAGCACCAAAAGACUGCUGCAUUGUAGGGAAGCUGAAUUUCAGAUUUGACAUGAAAGUAAGAUCUCAUUUGCUCAAGUGGAUGUUAAACUACAAUGGCUGUAUGUUGAUGGAGAAAAGGGGAGCUAUCUCUAGCAUCUGGCUUAUCUCUGUUCCUUAAUCAAUAUCAUAGAAACAGAUUAUCUCAUUUUAAUCACAUCUUUAUUUGCUAUAUGCAUAUUGGCUGCUACAUUUUGUACAUUACAAUAGUGAAUACUUAAAUGUAGAGUAUGUUGAAAUAUUUGGCAGUCAUAAAAAGCACCUAUAUAAAAGCAAGUCGCUCUUCUUAAAACUGAAAUACAUGUUUGGAAUAUAAUUCUAAUUUAAGUUUAUAAUUUUUCUUGUAAUUGAUUCUAUCAUUAGCUUUUCCCUUGUUUUAUUUUUAAAGCUGUUUGGUAAAGUUGCCUGUUAAAAAUUGAAUGUGUUCCAUUUUGUUUUGGAUAUGAAAACAAAAGUUUAAAAAAUUAUGUUCAACAAGCUGAAAUAAGUUUUCAACAUGUCUUUUAAUCAAUCAAAAGUGUUCACUUGUCAGUUUCAUAGAUUGAUAGAAUCAUAGAUUCAACUGAUCAAUCUUUGUAACAAUUUUUCCUGCUAAAAACCAGGAAAGAAAGCAGGCAGACAAAUUUAAUCAGCAGAAUGUUCCGGGACCCAGCAGGAAGGAGUCAAUAUGUUCCUCUCCUUCCCUUUUAGUAUCAGAUAGCAGAGGUUGGAGUGCAAAUUUAAACAAAAUUGAAAAAGCCGUAAAAUGUCGAUUAAUGAUCAUCCAUUUAACAGGAUUGCACAUCAUCAAAAUGAUCAGUGUGUGUGGUAGCUUAAAUAAUGGGGUGCAAGUCAGAAAACUGCUGUUGCACAGCAGCAUUAUGAAGUAGAGUACCCAUGAGUUUUGCAGGUUUGGUAAUUCCUUUUUUCACAGUGUUUCCAUAAAGAAAUCAAUGAACCCCUUUGGAUGUCUCACCACUCCUCCAAUGAUUUUGAUACUCCUACCUGAUUUAACAUCACCCUCCAAGCUGUAAUGAACCAAACCAAAGUCUAACUAAGAUAACAAAGUGUGGAGCUGGAUG